UAUCUGAGGUCAGAGAGGAGCUUCGUACGACGGGGGCGAGGGAACAGUGCAACUAUAUAAUCCAAAAGCACUGAAUGAGGAAGUCACAGUACUGAAAAAGAUAGACACAUUACUCAAAGAUGGUGAAGAUUACUUUCCAGCCGGUCUCGGCGCAGAAACCAGAGAAGGAGGUCGAUGGAGACAAAACCCCUAACGAGAUAAUCAUGCCCUAUGCACAAGAGGAGCUGGUUCUUCCUCUAAGGCCCAAGAAGUCUCACCUAAAUGGGCUGUGUUGUCUCACCUUUGGCCUGGUGGUCUUCAUGUCAGGACUGGUGCUGGCCUCCAUUUAUGUCUACCGUUACUACUUUAUACCGCAGAUUCCAGAGGACAGUCUGUUCCACUGCAGGGUUCUUUAUGAGGACUCUGUGUAUGCCCCCAUGCAUGGCCGACAGGAGCUAGAGGAGAACGUGGGCAUCUACCUGGACGACAACUAUGAGCAGAUCAGCGUGCCCGUGCCUCACUUCGGAGGGAGCGACCCCGCUGACAUUAUCCAUGACUUCCAUAGGGGUCUGACUGCAUACCAUGACAUUGCACUGGACAAGUGUUACGUGAUUGAGCUCAACACCACUCUCGUCAUGCCACCACGGAACCUGUGGGAGCUCCUAGUCAAUGUCAAGAAGGGGACAUAUUUACCCCAAACCUACAUCAUUCAAGAGGAGAUGGUGGUGACGGGCAGGGUGAAGAACAUGAGACCCCUGGGCCCCUUCAUUCACCGGCUCUGCUACGGCAAAGACACCUACCGUCUCAGGCGUAGACGUGACGCCCGCCAACGCAUCGACAAGCGUGAGGCAAGGAAUUGCCACAGCAUCCGUCACUUCGAGAACACCUUUGUUGUCGAGACAGUGAUAUGCGACAGGAUCUAACUCCAAAAGAGGGAGAUGGAUAGAGUUCUGACCCUACACCACCAAGCCAACUUUGAAACCAUACCUCGCGCAUCCCGUAGGCUUUAUAUUGCACUUUAAAGAAAGCAUGUGUUCGUCCAAUAGUUUUUUAUUUUGUAUCUUAUUGUAUCCUAACCUGAAUAAUUUCUUACCUGCUCCCAUGUUAUUUCAUGAUUUAUAUUCAGGGUUUUUUUGUAGCUUUUUUGUAGCUUGUGAUUUCAUGUUGUUGCACAUGUUUUUUGAUUUUAUAUUUAUUGAUCUGAGGCUGACGCCUGCAUAAUUAGAUGAUGUGUCUUAGGUUUUUACUAGUUUGGCAUGUUUGUCCUUUCUGUAUUUUGCUCUUGUUGUCUAUGCUCUGUUGUAACCUUGUAGAGUGUCUAACAGUGAGAAAGGAGAAUUGGCUGUUACGAUUUUGCUUACGCUGUACAUACGUGUUUUUCUGUUUGUCUUUUGGGUUUAACCAAAGUGAACCUAAUAAUGUGUCUUGUCUUGUUUGGAUGUCCAGAAAUGCCUCAACAUACCUCAUAUAUAUAUAUAUAUAUAUAUAUAUAUUCAAUGUUUUUUUCAACUGUAAUAUAAAUCAUAAAUUGUGUAUAUGUACUUUCAUUCCUAAGCAAUAUUUACUGUAUAUGGAUUUUUCUUGUUUUUCAUAUUCAAAUGUGCAUUGAUUUUUUUUUUACUCUAAACUUGUUUUGUGAUUGAUAAAUUAUCUGGUUAUGGUUUCUCCCGCUGUUGUAUCUUCCACUCGUUGACUCUCACAUGGGUUUAGACUGUAUAGAGUAGCAUUUGAUGGGCCAACAGAACCAAAACUCUUAUCAAUAAACGCUAUGUUGAGUCGUGAGGGUGUUACUUAGGCAUAUUUACAGAGAUAUCUGACACAGGUUUAUAGAUGACGUUCCCUGAAUCCCCAAUCUGGUUUUGCUGUUUUUGUUUGGCUUGACAAAGACAUAGAAUUGAGCAAAACAGCAUAAACAGAUAGGGGAUUCAGGCUUUAGAAGAUGUGGAGUUGGACUAAGAUUCUAAGAUUCGACGUUCCUAACUCUUCCCUGUCAUGGUAGUGGGAUGCGCCUCUUUUGCAAAUGUAGUCCUUGUAGCCAGCUGUGUUAUUUCUACUAUCCUGACUCUCGUUUAUGCUUGCCUGUCACCUUCUCAACCUUUUUUAUCUGUAUAAUAUAGAGCAAUCUGGUUGUAGUUUUGAAGAGACCUACUGUAUGAUACCACUUCAUGAUUUCUCCCCCUCUCUUCUGACUUGCCAAGCUGUACAGUCAUUCAUCUUGAAAAGAUUGUCCUUCUACCUAAUUAAUAAAUAAAACUAUACUCAUUUA